AUGUUCCGAUUUCACAAGCCAAAGGACAUCAUCACCGUCUUCCACAAGGCGAGCUCUCCGGCCUCGACGAGGGUGGUUACUCUGCUGAAGCAGGUCUCUGCCAAUGCCACUGAGACCGCCACCGAGGACCAGGCAAGCGACCACACUGCUCAGAGCGACCCGAAGCGACCAGAAUUUGACCUUGAUAUCACCGAGGCUGCCCCCACAAGCGACCAGUUGAGGUCCAUUCUGGAAUACGUUGGCGCCAGCAAGAUCAGCUCGGUUAUACCCGGCGCAAACAAUGAGAAGGAUGCUUUGAAGAAGUUCAAGGAGGGUGCUGAGAACUUCAAGAGACCAGUUAUUGUGGACUGGAAUAACGGCAGGGCAGUUGCCAGCGAGAGCGAAUCCGAGAUAUUGAAGAUGGUCAACCAGCUCAAUAAGCAGUAA